CAAGCUGGAGAGUGAGGUUGAAGGGCUCCAUACAGAGGUGGUGAAGCUACAGGCAGAUAAGGCGGCUUCCAACGAGAGGGCAAAGGACGAGCUGACAAAGAACAGAGAGGUCGUAAGCCUGCUACUGAAGUGUCUAAGUGGAUUUCUAACCAAUCCUGCUGGACAG